CAUUUUGGCCGACAAAGAUUUGUAUGCGGUUCGGUUGUGUUACGUCGUAGUAAAAAUUUCACAUUUAAGAAUCAAUUAGAGCAUGACAAGUAGAGCAUGACAAGUAGAGAGAGAAUGGGGCUGACAGCCUUGGACCGGUGGAGGCAUGUUCAGGCCCUGGCCCUUGCCUUGCACGGGCAGUUGGACCGUGGAAAUGCUUUUACCCAAAACAAAAAGAAACACACGCAUGGUACCAUCCCCUGGGUUAACCACACAGUAGCAUUCCCAGAACCCCAAACGCAAGAGAGUCUACUUUUUCUCAGUUGAGUUAAAGUCUCUGACACUGGUGUCAGGACUCAGGAGAGAGAGAGAGAGAGAGAGAGAGAGAGAUGGACGUGGAGGGAGAGCCGGCGAAUGGGGAAACCAACGGGGAGAUUCUGGGGCCUUGCCUGACCAGCCACAUAGACGAUGGUAGCGCAGAGAGCCACAGAUACUACCUCUCACGGAGAACGGUGCUGGAGACGCUGAGGGACAGAGGCUAUUCUGUUCCCGCCUCCGAAAUCGACCUCUCUCUCCAAGACUUCCGCUUCCUCCACGGCCCCACUCCCGAUAUCGAGCGCCUACGCUUCUCCGCCACUCAUUGCACCGACCCUUCUGACAGGAUGCUGGUCAUUUACUGUGGCCCUGGUAUCGUGAAGGUUAAUGUGAUUCGUGGGCUACAUUCUCAGAUUGCUAAUAAGGACACUUUGACGGGGCUCAUGUUAAUUACCCAAAACCAAGUAACAAACCAAGCUCUAAAAACUCUGGAACUUUAUCCGUUUAAAACUGAAAUAUUCCAGAUUACCGACUUGCUUGUUAACAUCACGAAGCAUGUCUUGAAGCCAAAGCAUCAGGUGCUGACGGACAAAGAGAAAGGAAAACUCCUAAAGAAGUACAACGUAGAAGAAAAGCAGCUUCCUCGACUUUCACGAAAAGACGCAAUUUCACGGUACCAUGGACUUGAGAAGGGGCAGGUAGUGAAAGUUACUUGCACUGGUGAUAUUACCGAGUCUCAUGUUACAUACCGUUGCAUCUGGUGAUGCAGUCCUCUGGGUGCAGUUUCGAGGAAUGGCACCUUUCUAGUUUCUAGUGUCUAGUUUAUGUGAUCUGGUGUAUCUGCAAACCUUGACGAGUAAAAUCCCUUUAUUUUCUAACGAACGGUUGAUUCGUGAUUCCGGUAGCUUUUAGCCUUUUACUGCUCUAAUUCUCUGUUCUCUAGCGACUUUUAUUCAGUGAUGGCUUGUUCGAGCUUUCUGUUAUUUUUAAGUUAUAAAUGUUUCGCAUACAGAGAACAAAUGCUCGAACAUCAGUCACUGAACAAAGCAAUUGAUUGUGUAGUGAAUUCCUCAAAAAUUGGGAUUUAUCAA